AUGGCGGCGCCCGUGGAUCUUGAGUUGAAAAGGGCAUUUUCUGAACUUCAAGCUAAGGUCAUUGAAACCCAACAAAAGAUGAAAUUGGCAGAUAUACAAAUAGAUCAUCUGAACAGAACAAAAAAGCAUGCACAUCUUAUAGACACAGAGAUCAUGACUUUGGCUGAAGAAACGAGAAUGUAUGAAGGUAUAGGACGAAUAUUUAUUCUUCAUCCCAGAGAAGUAAUUCACAAUCAACUCUUAGAAAAACAAAAAAUAGCAGAAGAAAAAAUUAAGGACCUGGAGCAAAGGAAAUCGUAUUUAGAACUGAGUGUAAAAGAAGCUGAAGAUAAUAUCCAGGAGAUGCUCACGGCUAGAAGAACACAAUAAGUUCCUUGUGCUGAACUGAAUAGUUGAAAGCAGAGAUUUUGAACCCCUAUUGUUAAACAUUCAAAGUUGUGUAAGAUAUGAAGAAUUUG